CCGCGGCUGACCCGCUGCACCUGCCAGCCUGGUGGCUCCCGGCGGUUGCUAUCUCUCCCAGUCGAGCGCAGGAUGCGGGUUCAGCACCCGGAGGUCACGGGAGACUGAGUGGAGACCCGAGCGUUGCAGAACGAAGCCUAGACCACAGGAAGUCGAGCCGCAGCCUGAAGCGGACUCCGAGGCCCCUAGAGCGGAGCGCCUUGCGGAAACCAUUGGCACCUCAAAGGUUUCCUCAGGCCUGGUGCCCAAGCUUCCCGUGUGUGGAUUGGGGAAAUAGGAACGAGGCGCGAUGAGGAGCCGGAGUAAUUCGGGGGUCCGGCUGGACGGCUAUGCUCGGCUGGUGCAUCAGACCAUCCUGUGCCAUCAGAAUCCAGUAACAGGAUUGCUUCCAGCCAGCUAUGAUCAGAAAGAUGCCUGGGUCCGAGAUAAUGUGUAUAGCAUCCUGGCUGUGUGGGGUUUGGGCCUGGCAUAUCGGAAAAAUGCAGACCGUGAUGAGGACAAGGCAAAGGCCUAUGAACUGGAGCAGAGUGUAGUGAAGUUAAUGAGGGGCCUGCUGCACUGCAUGAUCAGACAGGUGGAUAAAGUAGAGUCCUUCAAGUAUAGUCAGAGUACUAAGGAUAGUCUCCAUGCCAAAUACAACACCAAAACGUGUGCCACUGUAGUGGGUGAUGACCAGUGGGGACACCUGCAGUUGGAUGCUACUUCUGUGUACCUGCUCUUCCUAGCACAAAUGACUGCCUCAGGACUCCAUAUCAUCCACAGCCUAGAUGAAGUCAAUUUUAUACAGAACCUUGUAUUUUACAUUGAAGCUGCUUAUAAAACUGCUGACUUUGGUAUAUGGGAACGUGGAGACAAGACCAACCAAGGCAUCUCAGAAUUGAAUGCGAGUUCAGUUGGAAUGGCCAAGGCAGCCCUGGAAGCACUAGAUGAAUUAGACUUGUUUGGUGUGAAAGGUGGGCCACAAUCAGUCAUUCAUGUCCUGGCUGAUGAAGUACAACACUGCCAGUCAAUCCUGAAUUCACUACUGCCCCGCGCUUCAACAUCCAAAGAAGUUGAUGCCAGUCUGCUCUCAGUGAUCUCUUUCCCAGCCUUUGCUGUGGAGGACAGCCGUUUGGUGGAGCUCACCAAACAGGAGAUCAUCACCAAGCUUCAGAGUUGUGCAGAUGUACAAGCUUCAAGGCCUUUUUCUCUGUGUCCCCAGGGUCGUUAUGGUUGUUGUCGUUUUCUACGAGAUGGAUAUAAAACUCCUAAAGAGGAUCCCAAUCGUCUGUACUAUGAACCAGCUGAGCUGAAGCUAUUUGAAAACAUUGAAUGUGAAUGGCCAUUGUUCUGGACAUACUUUAUUCUUGAUGGGGUCUUCAGUGGAAACACAGAACAGGUUCAAGAAUAUAGAGAGGCUCUUGAUGCAGUCCUCAUCAAGGGCAAAAAUGGAGUUCCACUUCUUCCAGAGCUAUACAGUGUUCCUCCUGACAGGGUUGAUGAAGAGUAUCAAAAUCCUCACACUGUGGAUCGAGUUCCUAUGGGAAAAUUGCCUCACAUGUGGGGUCAGUCUCUAUACAUUUUAGGAAGCUUGAUGGCAGAGGGGUUUUUAGCUCCUGGAGAAAUUGAUCCCCUGAAUCGUAGGUUUUCUACUGUACCAAAGCCAGAUGUGGUGGUUCAAGUCUCCAUUUUGGCUGAAACAGAAGAAAUCAAGGCCAUUUUGAAGGACAAAGGAAUUGAUGUGGAGACCAUUGCUGAGGUGUACCCCAUCAGAAUACAGCCAGCUCGUAUUCUCAGCCACAUUUAUUCCAGUCUAGGUUGCAACAGUAAAAUGAAACUCAGUGGCCGACCCUACAGGCUCAUGGGUGUGCUUGGAACAUCAAAACUCUAUGACAUUCGCAAAACAAUCUUUACUUUCACUCCACAGUUUAUAGACCAGCAACAGUUUUACUUUGCUCUGGACAACAAGAUGAUAGUAGAGAUGCUUAGAACAGACCUCUCCUACCUCUGUAGCCGUUGGAGGAUGACGGGCCAGCCUACCAUCACUUUCCCCAUCUCACACACCAUGCUUGAUGAAAAUGGAACCAGCUUGAAUUCAAGCAUCUUGGCAGCACUCCUAAAAAUGCAGGAUGGCUAUUUUGGUGGGGCAAGGAUCCAGACAGGUAAAUUGUCAGAGUUUUUGACAACAUCUUGCUGCACACACUUAAGCUUCAUGGACCCUGGACCUGAGGGUAAGCUGUACAGUGAAGAUUAUGAUGAAGACUAUGAUGAGCUGGAAUCAGGCAACUGGAUGGAUAACUAUGAUUCAACAGGUAAUGCUUGCUGUGGUGAUGAAGUUGCUCGUUAUUUAGACCACCUUUUGGCACACACUGUUCCCCAUCCUAAACUAGCUCCUACUUCACAGAAGGGAGGGCUAGAUCGGUUCCGAGCUGCUGUGCAAACAACUUGUGACUUAGUGUCCUUGGUGACCAAGGCCAACGAGCUGCAUGUACAGAAUGUUCCCAUGUACCUUCCUACAACGUUAUUUCAACCUUCUCGUCCUUUGCUCAAUUUACUGGACUCACCUCCGUCUCCUCAAGAUAACCAGGUUCCUUCUGUUCGUGUAGAAGUACAUCUUCCUAGAGACCAGUCAGGGGAAGUGGACUUUCAGUCACUGGUUUUACAGUUGAAGGAGACCUCAAGCUUACAAGAGCAAGCUGAUAUACUCUACAUGCUGUAUUCACUGAAAGGACCUGACUGGGACACUGAAUUGUAUGAAGAAGGGGGUGCUACUGUCAGGGAGCUUCUUAGUGAACUAUAUGGCAAAGUUGGUGAAAUUCGACACUGGGGUCUGAUCCGAUACACCUCUGGGAUCUUAAGGAAGAAGGUGGAGGCACUUGAUGAGGCCUGCACAGACCUUCUCUCCCACCAGAAGCACCUGACGGUAGGACUUCCUCCAGAGCCUCGAGAGAAAACCAUCUCUGCACCUCUACCAUAUGAGGCCCUCACUAAGCUGAUAGAUGAAGCCAGUGAAGGAGACAUGAACAUUUCAGUCCUUACACAGGAAAUAAUGGUAUAUCUUGCAAUGUAUAUGAGAACUCAGCCCGGCCUCUUUGCUGAAAUGUUCCGACUUCGAAUUGGUCUGAUCAUACAAGUUAUGGCAACAGAACUGGCCCACUCUCUUCAAUGCUCAGCUGAAGAAGCCACAGAGGGCCUGAUGAAUCUGAGUCCUUCAGCCAUGAAGAACCUCCUGCAUCACAUUCUCAGUGGCAAAGAGUUUGGAGUGGAACGAAGCGUUCGUCCCACUGAUUCAAAUGUGAGCCCUGCUAUUUCCAUCCAUGAGAUUGGCUCUGUUGGAGCAACAAAAACAGAACGAACUGGAAUCAUGCAGUUAAAAAGUGAGAUAAAGCAGGUGGAAUUUCGUAGACUGUCUAUCUCUCCUGAGAAUCAGGUGGAAUUUCGUAGACUGUCUAUCUCUCCUGAGAAUCAGACUAGUGGUGGUCAUCUCUCAGGUAUAGAUGUGAUGUCACCAUCCUUUCUGUCCCCUGUAGCCUGUACUACUGCAAGUAAUGGAUCCUUCCCUACUGUGUGUGGUCAACAGACAUCUAAAGAUAGUCGCCAAGGUCAAUGGCAGAGGAGGAGAAGAUUAGAUGGAGCACUAAAUAGAGUACCGGUUGGAUUUUAUCAGAAAGUAUGGAAAAUUUUGCAGAAGUGUCAUGGACUUUCUGUGGAAGGUUUUGUUCUUCCUUCUUCAACCACCAGAGAGAUGACCCCAGGAGAGAUUAAAUUCUCUGUCCACGUGGAGUCUGUUCUGAAUCGUGUACCUCAACCUGAGUACCGCCAACUUUUGGUUGAAGCCAUUCUUGUCCUUACCAUGCUGGCAGAUAUUGAAAUUCACAGCAUUGGGAGCAUCAUUGCUGUGGAAAAAAUAGUACAUAUUGCCAAUGACUUGUUCCUUCAAGAACAGAAAACCCUCGGCGCUGAUGAUGUCAUGUUGGCCAAGGAUCCUGCAUCUGGCAUCUGUACUCUUCUGUAUGACAGUGCACCCAGUGGCAGAUUUGGCACCAUGACCUACCUCUCCAAAGCAGCUGCCACCUAUGUGCAGGAGUUUCUGCCACACAGCCUCUGUGCCAUGCAGUGAGGGCUGUGGCUUCUGACUGCUGGAUGCCUUUCAGCAUCUGGUCCCUGUCUUAGUUGGUUUGCAUAGAACUGAAAUGUUAGCACCUGACCACUCCCCAUGCCCCUUUCCUGCCCAUCCCUCCCACGAAGAGAGAACUUUGCUGAUAAUCUCAAUACUUUUGAAGAAAAGAACCCUUACUGGGAAACUUGCCUCCAGUUUUGAGAAGUUCAACAAGUCUACAAUCACUAUCCCUACUUCCUUUAUGGUUCAGAACAGUCUGCAUGUGGGUUUACUCUGUAGAGCUGUUACCAGCUUAGUUUUCUACCUCCUAUUGGGAAGCAGGUAUUAAUAAGUUAUUCUGAAGCUCAGUUUUCUCAUUUCUGGGCUUUCUUUUGUCUUUGUGUGUGUGUGUGUGUGUGUGUGUGUGUGUGUGUGUGUGUGUGUGUGUGUGUGUAUGUGUGUGUGUGUGUGAGUGGUGAAUCUUUAUUGGGCUGUUACUUCAAGAGCAUAGAUGCUAAGUCAUUGGAUUUUAUGCUGCUAUAAAUUGGACAUGUCUACUUUAAGUGCCUUUACUUAGGAAAAGCCAGCACCAGAUCAUGGCUUCCUUCUUCACUCAAAGGUUGCUUCAUUUUGAGUGGUGAAAUAGUUUCUCUAUAGAAGUAUUGCCUUUCACUGUUGUCCUUUCUAUAGCUGCCCAUUGCCUACUCUGUGGUGAAAUAUUAAAAAAAGUAAGCUCACAUGUAAGCUUAAGAAUUUCUGUGUUAACACUUGAAGUCACAUUUUAUGGGGACAGAUGCUACCAGGCACAUAUUUGAGAACAUAUGGAAUUACCCAGAGAAAUGGAGCCAGGAGCCCAAUUCCAAAGAGGAAGGGAAAGGAGAGAAGUUAUGUAGGAUAGGUUUGCUUUACACACAGGGAGGCAAGAGCCCACCAGAGUUAGGUAGGGUGCUUGUGGACAGCCUUGGACACAAAAUCCUUGCCUCUAGAGAAUAGCCCUCAUACAACACAGAGAGUAACUGAAGCCUGUCUUCAGCAGAGAGAAAUCCAGGAGUCUGGUCUGUGGCUGCUGUACAAAUCACCCCUCUCCAUCUCACUUAUUCACCCCCACCACACCCAAGCACCCCUUCAUAGCUCCCUCCUUUCCCACAUCUAUUCUUCGCUUCUUUCACUUACAUUUGUUUUCAGUUCUUAACUCAAGUACUUACAUCCUUUGAUCUUGGUAUUUGUAGCCAAAGACCUAUUGUUACACAUCUCUCUGUGUAUGUUUGUAGUGGUUAAAUAAAUAAUUAAGCAUUUUGGAUGUGUGUAUGUGUGUGUGUGUCUGUCUGUCUGUCUCUACAUUUAAUGGAUUAAAUAAACAUGUAGGUAAUAUUGCAAACCAAGCCUGAUUAUACUCACUACUAAUCUUGAGAAGCUGAGGCAGGAGGAUUGUGAGUUCAAAGCCACCCUGGGCUACCUAGCAAGCUCCAGGCAAGCCUGAGUAUGAGGCCCUGGCUCAAAAACAUUUUAAAGCAUGUUGUGUGAGAGAGAGCCAUCCAGCUGGCCUCAGGAGGACACACAGAGGGUAGCAGAAAUACACCUUCCAUCCCAUUCUCUGGUUCCAUGUAUAGGUAGCCUAGCUUAGCAGAGACUUCUCCUGAUUUUCUUUGUUUCUACCCAGAUCAUUUCCUACUUCACACCUCGUUCCCUAAGAUUUUUAAGGGUUUUCUUCCAGGACAGUAAUGAGUAUGAUGGGGCUGGCUAGCGAACAGUCACAGAAUCAGGUACAGUCUUCAGAGCACGCCAGCCAAGCACAGUGAGUUAGCAAACUGGUGGUAGAAAGAAGCAAAGGGCAGGUGACCCAUCUUUUCCCGAUCAUCAGCCAUGGGAACACAUAAUGAGUAGUUUUAUGAGUGCAUGGUUUUCUGCUCACUUUUGAGGAGAACAUACAACCUGUUCUGUCACCUGUUUGUCUUUUCACAGCUUGUAAGUGUGCCCCGAUCACAGAAGCCACCCAGCACUAUGGGUGGGAGCUGCCACUCCUUCUAGGACCUAUUUUCUUGAAUUGACUCUGAUGCCUGCAUUUCUCUGGGGUUACUGACUUGUCUGUCCAUGUAAUACCCAGUAGUUGACAUUUAAUUUCUAAAGUAACUUUUCACAAAACAUUACUUGUGUUUUUUCCUUUUGUUGUUUUUUUGUUGUUGUUUCUGUUUUUUUUUCUGAGACAGGAUUUCUCUUUGUAACAGUUCUGGCUAUUUUGGAACUCACUCUGUAGACCAGACUAGCUUCGAGCUCACAGAGAUCCACCUGCCUCUGCCUCCCAAGUGCUAGGAUUAAAGGUUUGCAGUACCAUUACCUGGCUAAGUAUUAAAUAAGAGUGUUAAUAUGAAGAAAAAACCAUCCUGGAACUUUUUUUAAAAGUACAUAAUGUUUUGAAGUUAGAAUAAAGAAUACGAAUCUCCUA